AUGAUAUAGAAGAAACAACAACCUGCAGUUUUGUUGAGAAACUUCUCCGGCAGCUCUCAUUUGAUUCAGAGAGGAUUAAUUUGCUCCUCUUUAGUGGUCAGAAAGUAAUCAAGGUAGCCUCUACACAGGUUGGAAACUUCAUAGUGGCUAAAGGUAGAUGGAGAAAUCAGUGAAUCAGGUUUCACGAGGUUCGACCACAUUCAUCCAAGCAGAUAAAACCAGUUUCCGCGAGCUCGUCCAGCGAUUAACCGGUCCAUCCACAGAUUGUGAUAGGCAAUCCUCCACUACACCUUCCAAUGAUGCAACAAAUGAUGGGGCAACUGUGAAGGUCACAGGAAUCAAAAGACCCACAUCCAAACUCCAUGAAAGGAGGGAAUACACAAGGACCAAGCUUGAGAUAGUUAAACCGGGUUUAUCUGUUUUACAAACAUCUGAAACUGGUUUUCAUUUCAAUGACCGGGCUCCCUCUCCAUCCCAAUCUGGUAACUUUGCUUUCAAUACAAGCCCUUUAGGCACCCCAUCUAAUGCUUUAUUCAAUCUUUCAAUCUCUGGUGAAGAAGAUGAAGAAAAGUCAAAAUCAGUGCCAUCCGAUCAAAAUAGAGAAGAAGAAGAAGAGAAAGCCAUAAGAGAGAGAAGGUUUUACUUUCAUCCUUCACCCCGGCCUGGACUGGGAAAUGUUGAACCGGAAUUACUUCCUUUGUUUCCACUCACAUCUCCAAAAGCAACUCAUCAAUCUUAAAAUGUUGUUCCUUGGAAAAGUAUGAUUAGGGUGGUGACCUCUAUAUUGAGGUUGGUACUUUGGAUUUUGGGACCAAAUCCAUUCUCCACCAUUUUCUUUGUUGCAGAGGAAUUAGCAAAAGCUUCUAUAACAAGCAAGUCUAGAGGGUAUGUCCUGAUGAUCAGUGAUUCAUUUUUGCCAUGUUGAGGCCUAACAUGGCCAGUCCGACCAUUGGAUAUACAGAUAGAGCAUCUAUACCUUGUUAUGUAUAUAUAAAAUUUUGGAGCCUAUCCCUAGCAAAUGGCUAACAUCUAAUCCAUUUUUCACCUCUUGUUUUUCUGUUGUAAAAUUAUUGAAGGGUUGAUGUGCCUUUCUUACUAUUGGAUGCUUGUUAUUUCUUAA